UGCGGGUCUGGAGGAUGAGGAGCGGCGGGGAUGCUUGCUGCCCCCUCUCCUCCGAUGAUACAUCCAAUUCUGCUCGUAGUCUGAAGGGAAACAGCCACAGCCAUGGCCUCUGACAUCACCCCAGAGGCCAUCGGCUUCCUGUCGGCGGUGGGUGUCUUCAUCGUGGCGUUGGCCGUCCUCUUCCUCUUCAUCAACAAGAAACUGUGUUUCUCACGUGUCGGCGGUCUGCCCUGCCUGGAGGUACACGGUCGUCGCAAGAAAGGACGGGCUGGAAUCCGCCAGGGCCUCGUGAACAGCUACGGCGACGACGACGACGAUGCCUCCAGCUCGUCAGACAGCGAAGAUGAGAUCCUGAGGCAGUUUGAGAUGUCCGUGUCUCGUUCACAGAAUUUUCGCACCGCAGCAGCAAACAUCGGUGAGCAGCAGCCCCAGCAGACUCACCCGUCACUGGGUCGACGACACAAAUUUACCCGACUAUCAGACCAGGAGGAGGGCAGCACUGAGCCAUCAGACUGUGAAGAAACGGCAGCUCAAAGCCAACAGGGUUUCCAGGAUCCGCUCUCUGCGGUGGUAGAAGCAAAAGAAAGGGCAUCCAUGCUCUCUUUGGACAGACCUGCAGGAGACCACCCACUGGCCUCCAGUGACUGUCCCACCGUGAGUAUGGACCAGCAAUCUACGGAAGCAGUGGAUCAUGACAAGAAUGAGGUCACAGAAAGCCCCUCCGCCUGGACCCCAGAGGUACUACAAUCAGACAUUAACCAUUUCUAG